UUCUCUCUCUUCUUCGUCGUUCCCUUCAGCAGCGAGCAGGUAACACAGCCUCCUAAAAUCCACUGUCAUCUGCCGCUUUUAUGCUACACCACUUUUUAUAACAUUGAUUGUGCUUGACAUCGGGAUAAAUGCGUUGUAAAUGUUUGAUUAAUUCAGUGAUUUUAUAAAACCGAGCACAGAUUAGUGACAUGAUUGGCGUUUUUGCUAGCUAGCUAGCUAGCUGGCGGAAGCCAUGUUUCGCUGGAGACAUGAGACAUGAACUAUGAUUUAAAGGAAGAAUAUUCGAGUAUAGUUCAGUCUGUUAAUCCCACACGCGCUUGUUUUGCUUUUUAAACUGUUUAAGACAGUUAACGGAUAAACAUGUGUACAGUCGAGUAGUACAACACGCAGCGCAUGCCACGGUGUAUACCUGUGCUACGUCAUCAGCUACGCCACUGACUUUGCUUGUAUCGAGGCUCUUUCAUGUCAUUGAUACUUUGUGUCUGUGCAGCACAUUUGUAGAAUCCUUAGACCACAGUUGAACUGUCUUCUGUCGAGAAAUCAAAUGUUGUGCUCGUUAGAGCUACAUCACAUGUGCAUGACUGACUGUGGCUUAAUUCAUACAUUAACCCUUCAAAAAGCACUUGCUGUGUCUUUGUCAGUGACUCGGUGAGUUGUCGUAGAAGGGAAUAUUGAGCUCAUCACUGUGGGUGAGACGGCAGCGACACAGUGGCUGACUGAUCUCAAUCAGUGAUGAGACAAAUGUAACCUUCUCAUUCAAGUCCAUGAAAUAAGUUAAUGCUUCAACCUGUAGUCUGUCUGUCCUGUAUGGUUUUAGGUGAUAAACUACAUUUGUUUUCGGGUUUUUUUUUAUUGGCGUCAGGACUGAAACAACUUCCACUUUCUGUGUCUGCAGGUCCAACAGUGCGCUGACCUUUGGCCCAGGAUCGCCUCCGCUGGCAACAUUGCCUGAGCUGGACCGUGAACCGAUUUUUCAAUAAACUGUUGUUAAACAAAGUCACGUGUGUUAGUGGUCAUUUAUGUAACAAGAUAAUAAUGUGACGUAUGAGCUACAAGGAUUUUGAUAUUUUGUGGAACUAUUAGAGACAUUACAUUAUGGAGACAUAAAUGAAUGUCCUUGGCAGAGGUUUGUGCUUUCUUUUAUUUUUAUUUAAUAGGUAAUGACAAUCUGACCAAUUGCCUCAACUAGAGAUUUGCUUUCCAGUAACAUUUCUGCUAAACCUAUAGUCAUUGCAGACUGGGGAAUUAGUUUGUAUCACCUAUUUUGCCGUAUUGCAAUUCUGUACUUUGACUUGUUCCAGUAAACCUACUUUGUUGAACAGAACACAGAAAUACGGUGUCAGUGGAAGCACUGCUGGACACUUUAAUGGAUUCCGUUUGGUUGCCUCUGCCUCCACUUAAUUCACUCUUGUAUACAAACUACAGCAGCCUUUAACCUAUGGUUAUAAAUGAGCACAAGUUACAAUCUUUACCAUGUUCAUGACUUGUGGGUUUCCCCUGAAGUGACACAGAAUUACUGUAAAUGAGGGCAGAAAUCAAAAACUCCAGAGCUUUAACGUCUUAUUUCUGUGUUUGCUUUAGUUUAUUUUGCCUUGAAUUGCAAAUGGGAUACCGACAUUUUAAACUUUUGACUUAAGACUGGGGAUCGUGACUCUGAUGUUCAGUGUGAGGUUUUUUAUGUUUAAAAAAGUGUUGACAAUACGAUCCAAAUAAAGUAUUACGGUUAAUUAAAAUGAUGUUUCAUAGCCGUUUUUAGUGAGCUCAGAAUUACCCAAUUACCCAGAGUGAUCUCGUCGACGUUCCUUGAACGCCUCACGCCCUCGCGCCGUAAUCCGGAUGUAGAUUGGCUCAAUUCCUCGCUUUCUUCAUUCUCGUUCCUCUCUGCAGUAAACGGGUAUGAGCUGCCUCCUAAAAUCCACGUUCAUCCGCCGUUUUUAUGCCAGACCACUUUUUAAAACCGUGAUUUUAUAAAACGAAGUCCAGAUUAUUGACGAUGGCGUGUUUUUGCUGGCUAGCUCGCUUCUAAUUGGCAAGAAUGGCUCUCCUCUGAUUGGUUAUUUGGUUUGGCCGUGAAACGUCAUCCCUUCUAAACUGUGUAAGUAAACAGUGACAAGUGCAAUAUUCCAGGUUCACAUGUUCAUAGGCUGUUUAGAUUAGUCCUAGAUGUUUGAGUGAGUCUUGUGAUGAGAGAGUGAGACAUAUUGGGCUCGUGGGUGGUGCAGAUGUGUGUGUGUGUGUUAGACUAACCCGCAGACACUGAGGGUAAAUGGACUGAACAGUAACUGACAGCCACACAGUAACGUGGUGGUUAAAGGCCACUGUGUGAUGCUGAUGUGCUUGAUCCGUGUCAUCUUCUGUGGAAACAGUCUCUUCCCAAAAGCCUGAAGCAAGCCAGCAUAUUAGCCAUUUCAAGCCAUGGAGGUUAAGUGUCGCUGGUGUCAUAUUUGUGCAAAGGAGAACUUGGAGAACAUCAUCCCGGAUCAUCUCCAGCAACUUCUGCCCGAGGGGCACUGCCAUUUUAUCUGCACCUACAAGCCAGUGGAGAGGGCUUUUACAGCCUGUAUAAAACUUCAACUUGCCACCAGAGAGGAGGCAGAAGCCUGGUUGGAGGACUUUCAACGGUCCUCAAGAGUGACCUUGACGGUGGACAAAACCUAUCCUAUCACCAAGGAUACAGUUCGGCGAAACAGCUAUCGAGUUGACAUGAAAUGCCAGCACAAUACAAGGCAGACCCGCUCCUCGAAAACAAACACACACUGUCCUGCUGUGCUCUACCUCGUGCUGAAAAAGCACAGGCAUAGCCAGAACAGGAAGUCCAGAUCGAGUGAUACUCAUAUUCAGGAGGGUUUGUUGUUGCAUGUGACCGUCAAACAUCACCACAACCACCCCCUUGGCUGUUCCGAGGCCAGAGAGACCGUGGAGAAGCUGGAGAAACUUUUUCAGAGUCGGCAAUCACCGUCCUCAGCCCGAAACGCCCUGAAAUAUGAACUCCAGGAGGAGCAGGGCGAUUCAUACGUGUGUGCCUCCAUUUGUCCUGACGUCCAAUUUGGCUCUGGAGCUGCAGAAGUGUCAUCUCGAAGUGAGUCGGUGGCUGAGCAUCUCAAAGGUCGUCUCAGAUCCAUGUUUGAUGACCUCGUGGACAAGCUCGAAAAGGAUCUGACCUUUCGAGCCCCGAUAGAAUCUCUUGUGUCGUCCUACGAGAACAUUCAUACUGACAGCGGCCUGAUCUCAGCACUGUCUAUGUUUGGGAAGAGGAGGAGUGCUGCUGCCGCUGCUGCUGCUGCUGAUGAUGAUGAUGAUGCUGCUGCUGCUGAUGAUGCUGCUGCUGCUGACGCGAGUGACAUCAAAAUGCGGCCAAGAAAGAGUCUGGAAAUGAGCGCACAAAUAGGUGUGCGGUCGACAGCCGUCGCUUGCCGUAAGACUCCGCUGGGGGGCAGACGGGCGCUCAUCACUGGUGGACCUCCAAAAAGAGCCCGGAGGGAACAACCAUGAGCAGGUGAAAGAGGGGAGUGGUGCACUGCCAAGAAGAAUGCUGUGUAUAUGAACCCUGAACUGACUGUGCUGAGAAAGCAUCGAGACAAAGUGGCUGUAAAACUUUCAGUACUGUCCUGUCGAGAAGCCAUUCUCAAACUUAUAGUAGAGUGAAGUGAUCAUCGGUAUCUCUUAUGAAUAAUUUUCCAAUCAUCUUGCAGAUGUUUCCAAUCUAAAGAACACAGCAGGUUCCAUAAACACAACUAACAAGAUGUGUUCCACUUUUUAAAAUAAUUCCACAGGCUUUAUAUAAUAUAUAGACUGUAUAUUAAUAUAGAUUUUAAAUAUG